AUGGUCUCUUCUUCCUUUUUGGCUCCCUUCCUCUUCAUGACGCUAUUAUUACCGGCAAUCUCCAACUCCCAAACAGUAACCAAACAAGAGGAGAAGCAAACACUACUUCGUCUCAGGAGUGACUGGGGCAACCCACAAGCUCUUUCCUCAUGGAACUCAACCACCUCCGAUUACUGCAGCUGGAUCGGAAUCGUUUGCACCAAUGGCUUCGUCGCAGAGAUCUCUCUCCGGCGCCAAAAUCUCAACAAGCCGAUCCCCGCCGCCAUUUGUGACCUCCAGAACCUCACCCGUCUUGACCUGUAUUACAACAAUCUUCCUGGUGUUUUUCCUACUGUUCUCUACAAUUGCUCCAAGUUGCAGUUCUUGGAACUCUCCGAGAACCUGUUCGUUGGCAAACUCCCCGCAGAUAUCAACCUCUUAUCGCCGAGACUCGCAUACCUCGGCCUCUCGGGGAACAACUUCACGGGCCACAUCCCGAGCUCCAUUGGCCAGCUCCCCGCAAUUAAGAACCUGCAGCUCGACAACAAUCUCUUUGACGGCUCGUACCCCGCCGAGCUUGGCAAUCUUUCUAAAGUGGAGUAUCUAACUUUGGCUUACAACCCUUUCGCUGCAGCGAGGAUCCCUCCUGAAUUCGGCAACAUGACGUCGCUGAAGUUUCUAUGGAUGAGUCAAGCUAGUGUUGUGGGGAAGAUCCCCGAAAAUUUGGCGAAUCUGACAGAACUAGAGUUGUUUGAUUUGUCGAUGAAUUCUGUGACGGGGAGGAUACCAGGUUGGGUUUGGAAGCUGGAGAAGCUGAGGAAUCUCUAUCUAUAUGCUAACAAGCUCUGCUGUGAGAUCAAUGGGACUAUUGGAGCAUUGCGGUUGGAGGAGAUUGAUGUUUCGAUGAACUUACUGACCGGAUCCAUGCCGGAGGAUCUUGGCAAGCUAAGGAAUCUCUCACUCCUCUUCUUGUACAACAAUCAAUUAUCCGGCGACAUACCGUCGAGCAUCGGAUUGCUCCCGAUGCUAGAGAUUGUUUGGCUCAGGAACAACAGCCUUACAGGGGUGCUACCACCUGAGUUAGGGAAGCAUUCGACUCUGACUUAUCUCGAUGUCAGCAGCAAUAAACACGUUGGAAAGUUACCAGAGGGUCUGUGCUCGCACAAGGCACUGACCGCAUUGGUGGUGUCUCAGAACAACUUCAGUGGCCUAAUACCAGCAUCCCUCGCAAACUGUUAUACGCUGGAAUCUGUCCAAUUGGACAGAAACGACUUCUCCGGUGCAUUCCCGACUACCACAUGGUCUGCAGUUAACCUGACCUCUGUUACGCUCUACGAUAAUGCCUUCUCCGGCACUCUUCCAGGCAAACUCCCACAAAAUCUUCUCAAUAUAGAAAUCCAGAACAACAGAUUCUACGGCAGCAUUCCAUUAUUACCAAGUAAUUUAGUGAUCUUUAAGGCAUCUAACAACUCGUUGUCGGGGAAGAUUCCGAAUAAAUAUGCCAGAAAUUCGCUACUCGAAAUAAUGCUACUAGACGAGAAUCAGAUUUCCGGCACAAUCCCUUCGGAAAUAUCAUCAUUGAAGUUUUUGACUGUGCUGAAUCUCAGCAGUAACCAGCUUAUAGGCGAGAUACCAUCCUCUAUUGUAUCGCUUCCUUCUCUCACAACACUUGACCUGUCGAAGAAUCAGCUGUCAGGCACGAUCCCACAGCAGUUAGGUAAUAUUGCUUUCACGUUCCUCAACCUCUCCGUGAACCAACUCUCUGGCGAGAUCCCAAUGUGGUUGCAGAAUCAUGAGUACGAAAGAAGCUUCCUCUCCAAUCCAGGCCUAUGCUCCUCUCCCAACUUUGCAGCUGUUCUUCACCACUGUAAAGAUACAAUGGAUGGCUCAGAUAAGCUCUUAAGAAGACUAAUCAUCUUGUCUGUGUUCCUCGGAGGUUUUGCAUUGUUGAGCAUAGCGGCAUUCACCAUCCAAAAGGUGAAAGAAUACCGCCAGCGAGAAAAGAUCACCGAUAGUGAGUUGGGAGCACCAAAGCUCACAACCUUUUAUGCAAUAGAUUUUACAGAGCAAGAAAUUGCGCGUGGCCUCACGGAGGACAACAUAAUAGGAAGCGGUGGGUCCGGGAAGGUGUAUCGCAUCAGCCUCGGGAACCAAGUUGAGGAGAUUGUAGCCGUCAAAAAGAUAUGGAAUAGUAGGAAGCUUGACGCGCAGCUGGAAAAGGAGUUCCAGGCAGAAGUUGAGAUCUUAGGCUCUGUUCGGCAUGCCAACAUCGUGAAGCUGCUUUGCUGCAUCUCGAGUUCCGGCUCAAAGCUGCUCGUCUAUGAAUACAUGGAGAACGAGAGUCUGCACAGGUGGCUGCAUGGGCAGGAAAUGAUGGUUAGUGGGUCUUCGCCGUUGGAUUGGUCUAGGAGGUUGAACAUUGCGAUUGGAGCUGCGCGAGGACUAUGCUACAUGCACCAUGGUUGCUCGCCACCGAUUGUACACCGAGAUAUCAAGUCCAGCAACAUACUACUUGACUCCGAAUUUAGACCUAAGAUAGCCGACUUUGGCCUAGCUCGUAUGUUGGUCAAGACUGGAGAGCCAGAAUCUGUAUCAGCCGUAGCAGGCUCCUUUGGAUACAUGGCUCCGGAAUGUGGAUAUUUGCGAAAGAUCAAUGAGAAGGUGGACGUAUUUAGUUUCGGGGUGGUUCUUCUGGAGCUGACCACGGGACGACGAGCAAACGAUAUGGGCGAGCACGGAGGUUUGGCCAAAUGGGCAUGGCAACAGUUUCAAGAGGAUGGUGGGCUGAUUUAUGUGAUCGACGAGGUGGUUCAAGUUCCCGCCUACUUGUAUACGGUGGAGGUGGUGCUCAAAUUAGGUCUAAUGUGCACCGGACCAUCGCCCUCGUCUAGACCAUCAAUGAAGGAAGUGUUGCAAGUUCUAACCUGGUGUGAUCGGCGACAUCGGACUAGCAUCACGGCGAACAAUGAGUUAGAAAUAGCAUGA